AUGGACACUUCAUUCUUAUUAUUCAAAUCCUAUAAUCAUAAUGCCAAUGAAGAUAUUGUUAUCAAAAUUCAUGUGGGUGAUAUUGAAAAAAUGCAUGAUGCUGGAAACAUUAUGCCCGACAUGAGUCUCUCGGAAGUGCGUAAGCUUCUUGAACAUAAAAGUGGCAUUUAUAUGAGCGACAAUAUGAAAUUCCUAAACUAUAACCGACAAUAUAAAGUAUGUGAAAUUCUUGAAGAAGAAUAUAAAGUAUCUAAAAUUCUUGACCAAAAUAAUUGCAUUCAUAUCCUUGAAGACCCAAGCAUGCCGGGUUUGUUCCAAUUUAUUAAUAAUCAUCAUCUUUUUCGUGGGCGUUAUGUCACAUCUGACUGUAUGGAGCUUAAAAUCGCUCAACAAGAUGCAUUUAAAUUUAAAACGAAUCGUAAAAUUUCUCAAGAUUCGAAUAUUGUUCUCAUGGAAAAUUUCUAUAUACCAAAAAAUCUUUUCUCGACAAACAAUGCCUCAGAUAUAUUUGGUAUCAAAAAGCUUUUCAAGAAAAAAAACUGUGAAUUUGAUAUUUUAGAGAAAUGUAAAAUAAUUAUCAAGCCUUAUGAAAUUGAACCAACCGAAAAGUUUAAAGAUGCCAUUAAGGAGGCCUUGGAUCAAAAAACUGACGAAUUAGUAUUUAAUAAAAUUAAUCAGUUAUCUGAGAAAUUUGGAGAUUUUUUGCUUUUAGAAACUAAAUUUGGUAUUAUAGUUGAUUCUAAUAGCAACACGUCUACCAAUAGUGAGAAAAUUCGAAUUGCUUCGAAUAACAUAGACGAUCAUAAUAAUUGGGGACUUAUUGGUUAUUUGAAAACUGUAUCCGUUUAUGAAUUGUUAGAUGAAUUUUUGGAUGCUGAAUUAAAAAUGAAAUGUAUUAAUAUUAAGUUAUUAAAAAACACGUCGAAUGGAAUAUGGGCCAGUACAAGAAAAAUGAGCAAAUUUUUUUAG